GGAUCCGCUCGGACGCGGCCACGUUGUCUUGUGCGUUACGAGCGCGCGGCGCCGCGAGUCCUAGCGGCGGCAUCCCGUUCGCGGUCCCUUCGCGUCGCCGCUGGGCUCUGUGGGGCUGCAGGACCCCCGCGCUCACUCAGCCGGGCGCAGCGGCGCAGGGAGCGGCCCGGCCACCCUGCGGUUGCAGCGCACGGGCGCGUCUGGGAUCAGGGCCCGGGAGGCGCCGCCCUCCGUCAGUCCGGCUCGCCUCCCCGAGCCGCCCAGAAGCAGCGAACGGGAGGGAGCGCGGUAGAGUUGGGCUCCGUGAAGGGCUAGGCGCCGGGGCUCAUGCCCGUGCGCCCCCGCGGGCCCGCGCCAUGGCCUCCGGGAGCGUGGCCGAGUGCUUACAGCAGGAGACCACCUGCCCCGUGUGCCUGCAGUACUUUGUCGAGCCCAUGAUGCUCGACUGUGGCCACAACAUCUGUUGCGCCUGCCUUGCCCGCUGCUGGGGCGCGGCGGAGACCAACGUGUCGUGCCCGCAGUGCCGGGAGACCUUCCCGCAGAGGCACAUGCGGCCCAACCGGCACUUGGCCAACGUGACCCAGCUGGUGAAGCAGUUGCGCACUGAGCGGCCGUCGGGGCCCGGAGGCGAGAUGGGCGUGUGCGAGAAACACCGCGAGCCCCUGAAGCUGUACUGCGAGGAGGACCAGAUGCCCAUUUGCGUGGUGUGCGACCGCUCCCGCGAGCACCGCGGCCACAGCGUGCUGCCGCUGGAGGAGGCGGUGGAAGGCUUCAAGGAGCAAAUCCAGAACCAGCUGGACCACCUGAAAAGAGUGAAAGAUUUAAAGAAGAGGCGUCGGGCACAGGGGGAGCAGGCACGAGCUGAGCUGUUGAGCCUGACCCAGAUGGAGAGGGAGAAGAUCGUUUGGGAGUUUGAGCAGCUCUAUCAUUCCUUGAAGGAGCAUGAGUAUCGCCUACUGGCCCGCCUCGAGGAGCUAGACUUGGCCAUCUACAACAGUAUCAAUGGUGCCAUCACCCAGUUCUCUUGCAACAUCUCCCACCUCAGCAACCUGAUUGCCCAGCUGGAAGAGAAGCAGCAGCAGCCCACCAGGGAGCUCCUGCAGGACAUCGGGGACACAUUGAGCAGGGCUGAGCGAAUCAGAAUCCCUGAACCCUGGAUCACACCUCCAGAUCUACAGGAGAAAAUCCACAUUUUUGCCCAGAAAUGUCUGUUCUUGACUGAGAGUCUGAAGCAGUUCACAGAAAAAAUGCAGUCAGAUAUGGAGAAAAUCCAAGAAUUGAGGGAGGCUCAGUUAUAUUCAGUGGAUGUGACUCUGGAUCCAGACACCGCCUACCCCAGCCUGAUCCUCUCUGAUAACCUGCGACAAGUGAGGUACAGUUACCUCCAGCAGGACCUGCCCGACAACCCUGAGCGGUUCAAUCUGUUUCCCUGUGUCUUGGGCUCUCCAUGCUUCAUCGCUGGGAGACAUUAUUGGGAGGUAGAGGUGGGAGAUAAAGCCAAGUGGACCAUAGGUGUCUGUGAAGACUCAGUGUGCAGAAAAGGUGGAGUGACCUCGGCCCCCCAGAAUGGAUUCUGGGCAGUGUCGUUGUGGUAUGGGAAAGAAUACUGGGCUCUUACCUCCCCAAUGACUGCCCUCCCCCUGCGGACCCCACUCCAACGGGUGGGGAUUUUCUUGGACUAUGAUGCUGGCGAGGUCUCCUUCUACAACGUGACAGAGAGGUGUCACACCUUUACUUUCUCUCAUGCUACCUUCUGUGGGCCUGUCCGGCCCUACUUCAGUCUGAGUUACUCGGGAGGGAAGAGCGCAGCCCCUCUGAUCAUCUGCCCCAUGAGUGGGAUUGAUGGGUUUUCUGGCCAUGUUGGGAAUCAUGGUCAUUCCAUGGAGACCUCCCCUUGAACUCAGGCCAAAAGGGCUGUUGGCCUUAACCCUACCCCAGGCAGAGGGCAUCUUGUUGCCUUGCUGCUUCCUGCCCGUCACAGCUGGAUACCCUCACCACAUCCCAUGCCCCUGCAGUGCAAGACAGGAUGUCUGUGUUCUCUGCCGUCCUUUCCCUUCUCACAAAAACUGGGGCAUGUAAAGACAAGUAUCCAGAUUGCCCAGAAAUAAAAACCAGAUGUCCACCUCCAGUGUUUCACACUUUUUGGUCUCACACAUUACUGGAGGGGAUAAAGAAUAUAAGUAAUCUUGGGUUUGGAGAGCCAUGCAAGAUACGUAGACCUUGGCUCAGCCCCACAUUGUGAUCGUGGGUAUUUGCUGUCAUUUCUGGACUGAGGCUUUUGAGAACCUAGAGCAGAGCUGCAAAGUCCUAUCAGCAUGGCCCCCUUUAUCCCAGUUUUUCCUUCUGGGAAUAGUACCUCUACCCCGAUUCCCAAUCUGCCGUAGUUUUAUUAACUCCAUUAAAGAGGCCUCCUAUAUGUCUUUUGAUUAGUUACAGUUAUUUUACAAUAAUGGUGGGAAACGGCCCCACCUCUGAGAUAAUGUUCUAAUCAGUGUGCUCUUUGCCUCUGUCUUUUUCUGAGGGCUGUGUCAGCUCCCUUCAUUCUAAUGAAAGGUGUGUCCUAGUGCUGGAUGCACAUCAUCCAAGGUGAAUCUUCUGCCCAGCACCAUCCAGUGUCCCUAGAUCCCCUCCCACACACAUUCAUGGACCGACGGUCAGUCAUACACUAUCUCUGGAAGGAUUCUGGGGCAGUCAGUAUUCCAGGGACUUUUGUCUCCUCCCAUCUCAUUUGAGGAAUGGGGGAAUUUACCUUUUAAUAUGUGUACCAUCAAGGGGCAGUUCCAUCCCCAUGGCCAUUGGAUCACGAGGCAUCCUGAGGUCAGAAGGCUAAGGCAGGUCUCUCUGAGCAAGCCCCAGUGAUGGUUCUUAGUCCUACUUUGAGUACAUCCCUCUCUAUUCGAAAAUAAAGUGAGUAUGGAUGUUUACAUCGUUGUUUUCUGGGUCUUGGUGGGAUUGGAUUCAUAGAUGUUGGUGGGGGGUGGGGGUGGUUAAUGGUUUUGAUUUCCCCUAUGGGUCCAGAAUCCCAUUCUGGCCAAUAUUUUGCUUCUAACUGGUUGAUAAAACAGUACUGUGUCACUGCUUUCUAAUGGUGCUGAGAAAGUAGUGUUGGACAACCACAGCCUACAGCUUUGUAUCAGCUAAUUCUGUUACUUCACUAGGAAAGUGUUCUUUCAAGUCCUUUUUAUAACUGACAGUGAGGUAAUGCAGCCAUUUUUGGUGUAAAUCAAAGGGCCCAGAACUUGGUUCCCAACUCAGAACCACCAGCCUAAGCCCUUGGGGGCAUAGAGGUCACCAGGUGCUGAGGAGGAAAGAUCAGGCUGAGAGAACAGCUCCAUUCCAGGGUAUUUGGAUCUUUUCUGCUUCUGGACAUGACCUCAGAAGACAAGAUUUAUGAUCUUAUUUAGUCUUGUACACAGCGUUGAGGGUCCAUGGCUGAAGGUCAUGAAUUGAUGAUGUGUCCUAAUUCAUUCAUUUGUUCAUCAGGGUUUUUUGGUGGUGGUGGUGUGUGGGGGGGGUAAUUAGAUUUCAUUUGUUCAUUUCCUUUUUUUUUUUUCUAAAUGGACCUUAUGCAUGCUAAGCAUGCACUCUACCACUGAGCUAUACCCUCCCCACCAUCAGAUUUUAAGAGAAAUAACCAGGAGCUAAAGAGAGGACCUUUGAGGCUAGGUUAGCUUUUCCUGAACACUCUCAAGAGAUAGAAAUAUGUAUAACAUGUGUAUAUGUAAAGUAGUACCACACAGCAAUACAUGGUAUAAAGUGCUUUAUGCACAAUGAGAUGUUUAAUGCUCAACAAUCCUACAAAGUGGGUACUAUUGCCCUUAUUUUACAGAUGAGGAAACUGAAGCACAGAGAGGGUAAUGACUUAUCCAAGGUGCACAGCUAGGAAGUAGCAGAGCCAGGAUUCAAACUGAGAUGGAACACAUGACCACAUGUCAUAUCCUGCCUCACAAUAUAUAUGGAUUAUGCUUUUCCAUGCGGGAUGAAGAUCAGAGACAAGCCUUGGAGGGCCAGUCUACCUGUGGUACCUACUUUUACCAGUAACUGUCUACUCUAGGAGUUUUACAUGCCAUGAAGGAAGAAUGAGAAAUAAGGAUGGGACAGAAAAAUGACCAGGACUAAAAGUGAAUGUUAGCAUGAUAACAUCACAAGGACACUAAAUGUGGGCCACAGUUUGGUUUUUAAAGAUUGACAUGGGAACCUUACAAUUUUAUAGCUCACGGUUUCUAUGAAAUGGAAAUUGACUAAAUGUUUUAAGGGACUUAAUGGGAUUCUUGUUAGUAAAAAGAAUUUCUGCCUGGAUUCUUGGUGAAUAAAAUCUAUCACAAGGGUUUAUUUUUCAUGUAAUGAAUUUUACAAGUCGAUAAGGAAAGACGAACACCUCAAAAAUUUGGUAAGCAAUUUACAGAAGAAUAUAAAAAUCCUUUAAACAAGAAUGUUCAACCUCACUAAUAAAGUUAUAUAACAAUACCUUAGCAUUUUUUACCCAGUAAAAUGUUUUGUUGUUAUUGUCUAAUAGUAUUCUGUUGGUCAAUUUUGGAUUAUCUAAAUUGCUUCAAAACUUUUUGGUAGGCAAUUGGACAGUGUAUCAUAAGCUUUUAAAACUGGGUAAACUUUGGUCUAGUGAUUCCACUUGUAGAAAUUUAAGAAAAUAAUUAUGGAUAUUUGAAAAUAUCUUUCUACACAAGGAUAUUCUUUAGAGUAUUUCUUAGGAAAAUGAAAAAUUAGAAAUAAUCUUACAUUCAGCAAUAUCCAUUCGCUAUGGGAUAUCUGCAGUACUUUGCCAUUAGAAAAAAAUAUAAACUUUGAAGAGGCUACAAUUGCUAUGUCGGGAAUCACUUUUGGAACAACUAUAGCUUAUAAAAGAAAAUACAGCAAAUCUCUAAUCUUGAGGGGAGGGAAAUUAGGAAACCAUUGUUCCCUUACUUCUCACUCCCCAUUUUCUUUUUAACUACCAAAAAUAACAUAUGACACCAAGAGUCUAAGAAUCUAAGAUAGGUUCUGCUGAAAUUCAGACUAUGUCUCUUCAUGCAGGAAAGAGACCUAAACUUUACCUUACACAAAGAAAAAGGAAAACCUUUCUAGGUACAAAAUCUACUUAAAAUUUCCAAACCUGUUUCUACUCUCUGAAACUCACAGCCCAAAUACAGCAGCUGAAGCAAGUGAGUCAAAUAAAUUUCUUCAUUUCCUACCAUGAAGUCCAGGCACCGUCCUGGGCAGGCACUGGGCCUAGGAAGGUUAUUUUAGCGCCAUCUACCUGACCUCUAAGGGCUCUCAGUCUAGUUAGAGGAGUAAUUUCUUACUGUUUAGUCUUAGGACUUCAUUAAAAUAAUGUGAAUUUCAAGACUCAGUUUAGGUUAUUUUGCACAAAGCCGAGAAGCAUCUGGAAAAGUCUUGAGUCAGGAGAUGUGGCAUGUCCCCCUUACUUUCAUCCCUCUUAAAAAAUCGCCACUGUUGUCCACGAACAGGCAAUGGACGCCAUGGAGACUCUGAAUCCGGAAUAUCUGAGGGUGACCGGGAAGGUCGGGAGGUAAGCGUGUCGCUCCGGUCGUUUCUGUGGACCUGGGACAGGUCAGUCACUUGGGGCAGAGACUGUCCUUAAGUCUACAACCGCGGGAGCUGCCGUGCCCCACAUGGAUUUUCCCAGGCUAUUCCUCAACUGUCACUUUCGGAGCCCAAAAGAAACUUCUCGAGUGACAGUGCAGUUCUGGGGACGAAAAGGAACCUAGAGGGGAUAGAAGGGGUCAUGCCAUAGAAUGUGGGUCUGUUAGAUUAUUGGUGGUGUUCCUCACGCUCUUCAAAAGACAGAAACCCUAGAGCGAGGCUAACCACGCUCAAGAUUUCAGUGAGGAUUGGAGGCUAGAAAACCCACCCAGAGACCUGUGCUAAAAGAUGUUCUUUCUUCCCUCCCGAAAUAUGAGCUGUUUGGGCACAGGAAAUGUUUGCACUACCUUCUCGAGAUGGGAGUGACAGUCGAAAGGCCCACGAGAGACCUGUGUCCAGUUUUACACAUAAACAUUUUUCUCCCUCCCCUCAAAGUCUUCCUUUUCAAUCCACAGGUGGCUUUUUGAUUCUCUGGCCGUUACCCGGUUGACCCGGACAUCAACCGUUUCUUUGCGUUUACGUCAACAGAGACGCUGCUCCUUCGAUCUAUUUUAGUGGAAAAUCUCUCGCUUUCCGCAGGGUGUCAGGAUGGCCGAGUGGUCUAAGGCGCCAGACUCAAGCUACGCUUCCCCCCGCUGGGGCUUCUGGUCUCCGUAUGGAGGCGUGGGUUCGAAUCCCACUUCUGACACAUUACGUUUUUUUCCCUUCCCCUAAUUUCAAAACAAGCAUAUUGAUAACAGCAAUGUGCAUAAGGAAUAUGCGAACCUAUAGUAUUAAAAAUUGACUUUAAAAAAUUUCUGGCAGGGACUGUUAACACCGAAAAUAUUAAAAGCGGAAUCAUCGCGAUAUUUUUUAGAAGCCACGAAAUUUGGAGCUAAAUUGUUCAAUAAAGGAGAUUACAAGAGAUUGGGUUCUCUGAGGCAUCGCAAGAUAAUCUAGAAGCAGCUAGAUUUGGGACCCCAAUAGUUCCCUCCCCUUUGGUGUCGGAGGAGAAAGGGACCGAUGCAGCGGUACCCUGCUUGACUUUAUACCCUGCUUACUUGCAUUGUCCCAGACCCAAGCCCUCCCAUGAAUACUUUCUUGCCGGCUAGUGCCACUGCCUUCUGGCAGUGACAGUGCUGUCUGUAAAAAAAUCUUAUAUAGAUCCUCUGCUGUCUUCUCCAUUUUCAAAAGUCAUGGAACUGGUUCUCAAACAUUUCCCUUGUAAAUUAUGUACAUUCACACUCACGUUGGCAUCUGAUAAUUAUUGUUUUGUUUCCUCAGUCAAAUUUGAGUACCAUUUUAACUCCUGAAUAAAAUAUGAAAGCGGUACUUUCCUCUUCCAAAUGUAGCCACUAUCAAUAUUUUACUGUAUUUCUUACACUUCUAUUUUUCUCUGCAUUCACGUAAAUAUGGUCAUAAAUAUUUCAUUUGUUUUUACAGAAAUGCAAUCAUACCAAACAUACUAUUCUCUGAUACAUUUUAUCACUUAAUAUAUAUCGGGCUCUUUCUAUGUGAACACUUAAUCUUUUUCUUUACAAAGGAAAUGUUGCAAAUCAUUCCACAGGAUAGAAAUCUCCUAUUUCAUUUAUCCACUUUUUUUCCCCCUGAACAUUUAGGAUAUUUCUAAUUACCAUUCAACCAACAAAUAUUUAGUGAGUACUUAUUAUGUACCAAGGGAUUAGCCCUGGGGCUGUAGCAGUAAAAAUAUAAAAAUAUAAUACAAUAGGGCAGAAUAGGAUAGAAUUAAAAUUUUAAUUUAAUUUAAAAAAAGUAAAAUCAAUGUAUAUCCUUGUGUUGCCUAUAUUCCAGUCAAUGACUUUGGUUCUGCCUCAGGAACACCACAUUCCAAGAUUUCCCUGUCUCUCAGUAGAAGAAUCUACAUCCUGAAUCUUGAGAAUAAGUGUUUAAUGUCAGCUAUUGAUGAAGAUUCAUAUCUGCAUUUUCAUGUAUUGCUCUGUCAUUAUGACUACUCAUGAAUGUACUCAUUUAAUUAUUGAUUUUUAUCCUAGUGGUCAAACUGAGAACCUGGGUAGGUAAAAAGAAAGCUGAUUUGACAACUGAAUUCUCAGAAGACAUUCACUACAGACAAGAUCCCGUUGUUUCAUUUGAAGAGCUACAUUCUACAUUCAGAUGGCUUUGGUGUCGGAGGAACACCUGGAACCACAUGGUUUCAAGUACUUCAUUAAAAAUAUAUGUUUCAAUUAGAAUAUACUUCAAUUAAAAAAAGAUUCUGGAAGAAUCUGUAGUUUCUUUGGAGAACUAGGUGAAUUGGAAAAAGAUAGUAUGAAGGAGAGGAGAUAGCAGCUGUUUCCCUUGAAAAUUUCCAGAAGAAAAAAGACGCAAGGGUGCUAUCAUAAAUGACUUUAUAUGACAGUGAUAUUGGACUUUAAAAGGUUAAUUUUAGUUAAAGCAACAAACAAAAACACAAUUACAGAAUUUUAACAAACUACUUUAAAUUUUAUUUAAUUUUCAAUUUUCAAUUUUUUUUAUUUCUUAUUUGAAGUAUAGUCAGUUUACAAUGUUGUGUCGAUUUCUGGUGUACAGCAUAAUGUUUCAGUCAUAUGUAUACAUACAUAUAUUCCUUUCCAUAUUCUUUUUCAUUUCAGGUUACUACAAGAUAUUGAAUAUAGCGCCCCGUGCUAUAUAUAUACAUAGUGCUAUAUAUAUAGAGUCGUUAGUAUCUGGUGGAUGUGAGGAGUGAAUUUGAAAGUUUGGGCUGCUUUUCUCUUCUGGGCGCAGGAAACUGAAGCUGGAGGAACCACUGAGAAGGCGAGACCUCCAGUGUCCUAGAGAGGAUCCGGAAGUGACCUUGGCUGUUGUAGGCUAGGCUCGCUCUAGGACACGCCUUUAGGGUUAGGUAGUAGUGAAAGUUUAGCUCCGGUUUUGGAGCUCGGGGUCAGAAGGUGGGACUCUCAGGCUGGAAGGUUGGGGUGACUCAGGAGUGAGGUGGUCCCUGGGUUCCGCGGAAGGAGCAGCUGUGCGGACCCAUUGGAACCCCAGGUCCGGACCCACUUUUCUGCUCUGGCGCUCUUGGACCCCUUGCUGGUUCUCAGCACAGGUCAGACUCGGGCCCACGCGGACCACCAGCUUCACUGCUGGGCUGCGCGCUCUCACAGGGGCUCGCAGGCUCUGCCGCAUGGGAGAAGUUUAAGCAAGAGAAGAUGUUACUGAUUAUUCUUUUUCGGAGCCCUAGAGUUAUUUGAAAUUACAGUUUAUUUGUCUUUUCAGUUUUCUCCCUGUUUUGUUGUGACAUCCUGUGUUUGUGAAAACACUUCGUUAACUCUAAGGGCCUGUUUAAGUGUGAGAUUAUUAUAUAGAAGGAGGGAAAUCAGCUCUUGUGGUGGAGAUAGACGUAUAAACGUUUAGUACCACCAUCAUCUGGUAAGUACAGUGGAGGCGGUGAACAAAUGCUGUGGAAUCACAGGGGAAGGGGCAGCUUAAUUCUUUGGGAAGCAGGAAAAGCAAGAAUGUUUCAUUAUCUGGGAAUUUAAAUUUGUGAUUUUGUUGUCUCUUACAGGCUUUUUUUGCUUACGGACGAUUACUUUGGAAAUUGUCAUUUGGUAGCAUGUAAAUAAUUUUAGCAUUUUUUUCCUAACAGUAAUUUCUUAUGCCAUUUUGUAAGUCAGAAUGUAUCUGACAUUUAAGUUGUUCUGUUUAUCAGAGGUUCCUACUUCCUUGCCACAGUGGAUAUAACCUCAAGGAGGACUAUCUCAACGGAGAGAGUUUAAUACCUUCUUUGUGGGAGUUAGUUCAACCCAGCAGACCAUGAAGCCAAGCAAAGCUGAAGGUUUGUCCUUCCAAGUUCCAGGGGAGCCUGUGGGAUUUGUGAUCCUGAAAGUGGAGGCAGAUGAACAUAUUUGGAAACAGGAAUCUGACAUUCAAAGGAAGAACCCCACAACAAGGAGCUAUUUUGCCAGUGUUUCAGUUUUGCUAUCAAGAGACACCUGGGCCCCAGCAGCUCUGAGCUGGCUCCAGGCUGUGGGAGCUCUGCUACCAGUGGCUGAACCUGAAACACACUCAGAUCCUGGAGCUGCUGAUGCUGAGCAGUUCCUGGCCAUUCUGCCCAGGAGCUCCAAGCCUGGGUGCAGGAGCAGCAUCCUGAGAGCAGGGAAGAGUUGCUAACUGUGCUGGAGGAUUUAGAAGAAGAAUUGGAUGAACCAGGAGAACAGAUGUCCCACUUUCAUGGAACAUGAGGUAUGAAAGAAACUGUACUCUGCCACUUAAAAUAUCAUGCCCUUCAACAUGAUAGAGGGCAUUUAUGAAAAGCCUACAACAUCAUCCUUAAUGUUGAAAGACUAAAAAGCUCUCAUCUAAAAUCAGGAAUGAGAUGAGAUACCUGUUUCACCAAUGCUAUUCAACAUUGUACUGAAUGUUCUAGUCAAAGCAAUUAGAGAAGAAAAAUCAAUCAAAUGCAUCCAAAUUGGAAAGGAAGUAAUACUGUCUCUAUUCACAGAUGACAUGAUCUUAUAUAUAGAAAAAUCCCACAGAAUCCACAAGGAAAUUCCCAAAGUAUCUUCUAGAGCUAGUAGAUGAAUUCAGCAAAGUUGCAGAGUACAAGGUCAAUAUACAAAAACCAGUUGUGUUUCUAUAUAUCGACAAUGAACAAUCCAAAAAGAAAAUUAAGAAAGCAGUUUCAACUAUAAUAGUAUCCAAAAGAAUAAAAUACCUGGGAAUGAAUUUAACCAAGGAGUUGAAAGACUUGUACGCUGAAAUCUACAAAACACUGCUGAAAGAAAUGAAAGAGGACCCAAAUAAAUGGAAAGUUAUCCCAUGAUCCUAAAUAGAAAGACUUAAUAUUAAGAUGUUAACGCUACCUAAAGUGAUCUACAGAUUCAAUAUAACCCUUAUCAAAAUUCCAACAUCCUUUUUUUGCAGAAAAUAAAAAGCCAUUCCCCAAAUUCAAGGUGAAUUGCAAUAUGAGUAACAAAAACAAUCCUCAAAGAGAAGAACAAAGGUGGAGGACUCAGACUUCUGAAUUCAAAACUUAGUAUAAAAUUCAGUAACCAAAAUGGUAUGGUACUGGCAUAAAGACAGACAUAUAGACCAACAUAGUAGAAUUGAGGAUCCAGAAAUCCAUACAUUUAUGUCAAACUGGUUUUCUAAGUGAAUAUUUAUUUAUAUUGUUAAUUGUGGUAAAAAAAAAAAAUCAACCAUUUUAAGUGUGCUGUUCAGUAGUUUUAGAAAUACUCAUAGUGCUGUGAAACAGAUCUUCAGAACUUUUUGUCUUACGAAAUUGAAGCUCUAUCCAUUAAACAACUCCCCAUUCCCUCCCACCCCAUGAAAUGUCAAUCACUGUUCUACUUUCUGUUUCUAUGAAUUGGUUUACUUUAGAUACUUUGUGAUGGAAUAAAAUUUAUGUUUUGAAGGCAGGACAAGAAAAUUUAAGCAUAGCACUCCCUGUCUGACAGGGACCUCCCUAAUGUGCACUGUGCAUCUAUUACUAUACAUUAACCAGACCUCAAAGGCAGGAAUGUCUGCACAACCAUAAAGAUCAGUAUUUUUUUUUUCCUUCUUCUGAAAGUAAUGCCAGCGAUAUAGUCCUUAGAAGAUAACAGUCUUUUCCUAAUUCUGUGAGGGGUCAUGGUGACCUGCUGCUUGCUUCAAACAUGUAGGUCUGGACUAUGUAUCUUUGGUGAACUUUUUGUAAAAUGUCAUUGUGUUGUUUUGUUUAAUGAUCCUUUGUCUUGAAAAUGUGUGUAACUAUCUCUGACUUCAAAAAAAGUGGAACAGUCCUUGGAGUUUUCUGAAAGACUGUCUCCCAGUUUAUAAUCCUCUGGUUGGCUUGAAUAAAAUUCUAUUCUUCUUCUUUA